AUGACAUCUGAUUACUUUCUGGCCCGAAAACCGUCAGGUUUGUCUGAUGGGUUCGACUCACCCACAUCUCCUACAGGAACACAACCUCGAAGCAAUCCGCUAGCAUCAAAAGUCACUUCUGUCCUUUCCGCGUCCUAUGCAGACUCGGAUAUUAGAGAUGCUCUCACCCUGCUAGACAAGCGCAAUACUCAGAAUAACGCAGAAACUCGGCGGCAAUUGAGACUCGAUGUUCAAAAAGAAGUCCUUGAGAGCAAUGGAGACAUCAUUCGAGAGUUCGGUCAGGUGGCUGAGCAACUCAAGCGAAUUGGGCUCACCAUCGCAAGCCUCAACCAGGGAUGUGAGGAGAUGAAGCGUCACAUCAUGGCAGCUCAUCUGGAGACUGCUCCGGUACUCGAGGAGGCCUCUGAGCUCAUGAAGCAGAAGGACCAGGUCGAAAACAAGCAACAAUUAUUGAAGGCUUUUAACGCCCAUUUCAUCAUGUCAGAUGAUGACAUUGCAACUCUAACUUCUACUGCUGAGCCUGUCAAUGACAAGUUCUUCUCGAUCUUAGCAAGAGCCAAGAAAAUCCAGACUGAUUGUGAAAUUCUGCUUGGGACAGAGAAUCAGCGUCUAGGUCUCGAGAUCAUGGAACAGGUUUCCAAAAACCUCAAUGGAGCUUUCCAAAAGCUGUACAGGUGGAUUCAACGAGAGUUCAAAUCACUCAACUUGGAGAAUCCCCAGAUCAGCUCAUCCAUAAGGAGAGCCUUGAGAGUUUUGGCUGAGCGGCCAUCCUUGUUCCAGAAUUGUCUCGACUUCUUUGCUGAAGCUCGAGAACACAUUCUUUCAGACUCCUUCUACACCGCUUUGACAGGAUCAUCUGUCAAUGGUGAAGAGAAUGCAUCCACCAAGCCGAUAGAGCUAGCAGCCCAUGAUCCGCUCCGCUACGUAGGCGAUAUGCUGGCAUGGACACAUUCCGCAACCGUGAGUGAACGAGAAGCUUUAGAAGUACUCUUCAUCUCAGAUGGCGACGAGAUCGCCAAAGGGAUUCAAGCAGGCAGGGAUAGUGAGCCCUGGAAUCGUGUAGGUGUUGAUGAGGACGAAGAAAACAGCUCUUUCGACGGGCUGAAGGCAUUGAAUGAGCUCGUCGAUCGAGAUGUCGCUGGCGUCGCACGGGUACUUCGCCAACGAAUAGGCCAAGUGAUUCAAAGCCAUGAAGAGACUAUCACAGCUUACAAGAUAGCCAACCUGCUCAACUUCUAUCGCGUCACAUUUUCUAAGCUACUCGGGGAUGAAUCUGUUCUCCUCGAGUCGCUCUCAACACUUGAAGAGUCUGCUCUUCGCCAAUUCCGAAUUCUGAUGCGUGACCAUGUCGCAAGUCUACAAAACGAUACACAGCUUCCACCGAACAAUCUGCACCCACCGGAGUUCUUGCAAGAGGGACUGAAGCAGUUAACAGCUAUCAUGAAGACCUACGAGACGUCCUUUACUUCCCCUGAUAGUCGAGAGGCGGAUUUCCGACCCAUCUUGACCGAAGCUUUCGAUCCAUUCAUGACAGGAGCCCAAAAUCUCGCUAAGAACCUCCCAGCUCCAUCUGACGCCAUAUUCUCCAUCAACUGUCUGCUUUGUGCUCGAAGUACUCUUGCUCCAUUUGAUUUCACGGUGUCGCGGAUCGAAGAAAUCGACGAGAGCAUCGAAAAAUACAGUACAAUAUUGACCAAGUCGCAAUAUGCCUUCUUCCUCACCUCCUCUGCGCUUCAACCUUUAAUCCAAGCGCUGGACCCGCUCGAUACCUCGAAAGACGAUCUCAGGUCCAUCCGUACACUGGAAGCAUUCCAGCCUGCUGCUUUGUCGCAAGCUGGUCAGAUUCUAGACGACUUCUUGCCAUCAGCACUCAUGGACGCAACAGAAAAUUUGAAGAAGUUGCAGAGUUCGAAAUUGGUGGCGGAGAUUACUGAGAAAGCUGCUGAGAAAUUCUGUGAUGACUUCGAGGAAGUGGAGGAGAAACUUAAUGCGGCGGACGAGAUAUGGGAGGAAGAAGGUGAGGAGGGAGAAGAGCCUUUGAGAGCCCUGUUCCCGAGAACAAGUGGCGAGAUUAAGGUCUUGCUGUCUUGA